GGGAUUGGAUGUGAGGUGCGCGUCAUUAGUGACGCGCCGGACAUGCUGCUGCUGCUGAAGGUGGAGUUCUGUUCUACAACGAUCAUUAAAGGAAUCAGUUUUUCAUCAGUGUGCUAUAACACAAUGUUAUGGAAAUCAAAUAUUUCUGUGUGGAGAGCAUGGAGGUCGUGGAAGUCAAGCCUGCACUCUUCUACAGCUUGUGCAUCUUCUGGUCCUGGUCCCCUUGACAGAUCUGAAGAACUGUCUUCUGCUUUAACCCCAAAACCUCCUCACACGCCUGUUAUGCUUAAAGAGGUGCUUCAUUACUUAGAUGUCCAGCCAGGUCAGGUGGUCCUGGACUUGACAUUUGGAGGUGGUGGUCAUACCAAAGCAAUACUGAAUAUGGUUCAUGACGUCACAGUCCUGGCCUUGGACCGAGAUCCUGCAGCCAUCUCUCUGGCCCUGCAGUUAGCCAAGGAACACUCUGGUCGAGUGAAACCAUUGCUUGGCCGAUUCAGUGAGCUUGAAGCCCUGCUGUCCAACAUGAACAUCCAGCCAGGCAGCAUUGAUGCUGUCCUGUUGGAUGCUGGCUGCUCCUCCAUGCAGAUGGAUCAGGCGCAGAGGGGCUUUGCCCUCAGUAAGGAUGGGCCCUUGGACAUGAGAAUGGAUGGAGAGAGGUACCCCGACAUGCCCUGUGCUGCUGACGUUGUGAAUACGUUAGAUCAACAGGCUCUUGCAUCCAUCCUCACUGCAUAUGGGGAAGAAAGACACGCCAGGAAAAUAGCUUCAGCCAUUGUGGAGGCACGCCGUGUCAACCCCAUCACCCAGACACAGCAGCUGGCCAGCGUGGUGGCAGGAUCCUUUCCUGCAGCUGUCGUCCAUGCACGUAAAGACAGACUCCAAAGACCUGCACACGUGGCCACUAAGACUUUCCAAGCUCUGCGUAUCUUUGUGAACGAUGAGCUGAACGAACUCCAUGCGGGGCUGCGUGCUGCCCGAUCGGCACUGACUCCCGGGGGACGACUCUGCGUGAUCACCUUUCAUUCGCUAGAAGACAGGCUGGUAAAACGUUUCCUCCAAGGGGAGGACUUGUCUAAUCUAGAUCAGUACCACUUCAGCCCGAGGAAGCAAGGCGCGGGGCGGAAGGACCUGGCGGAAGGAAAAAGAGAUGUCGGAAGCGUUGAUUGGCUUCCUCUGCGUAGAAAAGUGAUCACCCCAGAAAGGGACAACGUAAAAGACAAUCCUCGGGGACGCUCGGCCAAACUGAGGGCGGUGCUCAGACGUUAAUCAUGUGACGACAAUAAAGGCAGAAAAUGAAAUCUUCUUUCAUAAAAGUUUUAGAGUAACUUACGAUUACAAUUGUUACUCAAAGCGAGUUGAGUGGAGCGUGUAGAUACAGUUACACAAUAAAUCUCCAAUAACUCAUCUUCAGAUGCUAUUUUUGCUCCUCGUUACUCACAGAUUUUUACUAACGUGUUCCAGCGAAGACAAUUGAAUGUGGUAGGAUUCCAGUAAGGAUUCCAUCGGUGGUUGAUUGGGCCCCUUCACUGUGGGAGGUCAACCCUGGGUAAAAGAACAAAUGGAUUUCAACGCAAGGUGCCAUUGUUUCACAAAUGUACCACACGUCCGCCUUAGUUAUUAUAGAUAAAGACUUUUUUUUUAUUAGAAAAGUCGACUUUUGGUGGAAAAGGUGGAAAUUGGUAAAGUUUUUUUUUCACUUCAUGUUGGACAGAGUGAUAUGAUGAUGCUGUAUGACACUGCGUUGGAGUGAGGAAUCAAGACUUACCGAUGUGUGCCAUUAUAAUAAAUUGCACUGGCUUACAUUGCCAAUAUUUGAUGGCAGUGAUUAUUGUGUCUCAAUAUUUAAAAUUUAAAACCUUUUUCUCAUGGAUUUCUGAAUUUCUCCAUAACUUCCCUUGACGAGUUGCACAAGUGAAACCUCUGUACCAUAUGAAUCCGUAAUGCCACUAAAUACUGAAUGACGCAAGUGUCAUAGUGGUGCUGCAUGGUUGCUCUUGAGCAGGCUCUCACCUUCAACUGUAAGCAGAUGAGGUGUUUUGAUCUUUACUAUUUGGCUAAUUUUAAUGGCUCUAUCAAGAUCAUAAACACCUUCUCUCUUCUGUCUCAGUUUAGUGCAGUCUAAAUAUAUCCUUUGUGUUACCUUGGAAACUAAAUGUAACAUUUAACUGUUUAAAAUGAUGUUCUGUUUUAAUCUUGUACGAAAUGAUGCCAUAUUGUUGACAUCAGUGGAUGUGGAAUAUGUCAAUUUAAUCCUAUGGAAACUUUCCUUCUUUAAUUUGAGUCAAAUCAUUCUUAUCAUUUUUGGUACAAAAUUAUACUGCAACUUAAUUUACUACAUCAAUAUGGAAUUGUCUGUAUUGUCAGCACUUUUUAAAAUCUUCCUACCCCUGAAAGAGCUUCACCAGCACAUGCCAUCAAUAAUGCAUUCACACGCGGAUGACAAGAGCUACCAUACACAGUGCCACCUGAGGCACAUCAACAAGGACACCAGCAGAGCCGGGGAUGGAACCGCUGAUCCUGACUAUUACACCUGAGAUGGUCCUGCCUAAUACAAACCACAGGGAUCGUUUCACCACUCAUUUGUCCCUGUGUCCCUGAAGGUGUAACAGGAACAGUGGUAGCAGAUUGGCCUUGUCCUGGAGGAUAAAAGUCCUGCAGCUCGGGCUCCUCUCCUGCGCACAUGGUCCUGUGGCUGCCCGCUUGUAGGCUAUUUCGUUUUUUUCUUUCUCUUGCACGCGUAGCCAUGGUUACAUAACUUAUGUUACUGACUGACACGCCUCACAAAGGCCAGCGUGUUUUCUGUACCUUUGAUUUGCCACUACCCUAUGUGUCUUGGGAUGUAUAAUAAUCGUUACAAGUUCAUGUACGUGUUGAGUGUGUGUUAUCUGACAAGUUUCUGAAAACCAGAUCAGCGUCUACAAACUCCCACACAUACGUUACCUUCAGCAAGGAACUUCAAAUGAGAUUUGAGGGUUAAUAAUAUGUCCUCAUAACAGUAACAUCUUAAAAACAUUUUUGAUUUAAAGAGUCAGCGUCAGUUUAAUACUGAAGAAUCUGUGACAUAUCACUGGUUCUGCUGCAUGGAAUAGGAUGUUGUUUUUGGACGAAAUGUUAGUUUGGUGGACAUAAAAAUGUAAAAGCUACUAAAUGAAAAAUUCUGCAUUUAAAAAAAAAAAAAAAAAAAAUUGAGGCCACUCUCAACUUUUAUUUGACAUCUAACGUUACUGCUUACUAUUUAAAGAUGGCAACUAUUGCCACAAAGUCUUUAUUGAGUUUAUAAAACAGCCCCGAUCCUACAAAGAGAUUUGUUACCAUGGUUACAGAGUACACUUUAAUAAUACUUUUUCCACAUCAACAUGUAAAUACAUAGUUUAUUGCAGAACCUUUAUUUAACUUUCGACGAUGUUUUUAGGUUUUACUGUGUUUUAAUGGUUACUUUGGUAUUUUGGAUGCCUCAGAUAUUCAUUGUUUUAUUGUAAUAUUUUGGAAGUGUGCUUAUCUUCUUCAUGUAUGUUAAAUGUUGAAAAAAAUGAAUAUUUUAUUUAAUGGUAUAUUUGAGGCAAGAAAGGGGAAUGAUAUGGUAACCAGAUAAUGAGAUGUAAAUGCAGAAAAAUAUACUACACCUUUUUGCUUAAAUUUGUCUAAAAUUUUAAAACAACAAAUGUUUGUUUCUCAAUGAUGAGAAUAUCUGUGAUUAUAAAAUGUUAUCGACUGCAAAUACUCAAUCACCAUGGAAACAGUAACCUUGGUUAAUAGUAAAUGUACUGUAAGAUAAUGCUAUUAUUGUAGACUCUGAAAAAUCCCAAAAUAGACCUCCAGGUACACAGCUAAUAGCUAUUGUCGUUGAAUCACAUCUCCGAAAUGGCAUCAAGACCCAGUGAGCGUCAUCAAAAUGGCUGCAAACAAACAUGCGAGCGAUGAAUGUCCUCACUUGAAGCAGAUGUAGGAUGACAGAGCUCCUCUGGAUCAAUCCUCCUUAUUUGCUUUUCAGAAGACCUUCAACCAUCAUGGCACACAUUUGAAUGCAGGGAAUCCAAGCCAAAUUUGAAAAGCGUUGAUGGACACAAGGUGGAAGGCUGGAUGCAACACCUGUCCAGGUACCAAGUGUGGCUUCUUAAUGGGGCAGGACUCAUCUGGUGGCGGCACGGAUCUCUGCCUGUCUGACUGACAUCUCCAAGUGGAUGUCCGCUCACCACCUGAAGAUCAACCCCGACAAGACCGAACUACUUCUCUUCUCAGGACCUGACUGUUAACUUUGGCAACUCUGUGUUAACGUCCACACUGACUGCUAGGAACCUCGGCGUGACACUUGACUCGCAACUCUCCCUGACUUCCAACAUCACAGCGACAACACAAUCCUGUAGAUACACGCUCUACAACAUCCGAAGAAUACGACCCCUCUCACUCAGAAGGCGGCGCAGGUACUGAUUCAGGCUCUUGUCAUCUCCCGCCUUGAUUAUUGUAACUCUCUCCUGGCAGGUCUCCCUGCUACCGCCAUUCGACCUCUGCAGCUCAUCCAGAAUGCAGCAGCUCGACUUCCAACCUUCUGAAAUACUCCCACACCACACCACUUCUCCGUUCUCUUCACUGGUUACCAGUGGCUGCCCGCAUCCAGUUCAAAACAUUGGUUCUCACGUACCAUGCUGUGAAUGGAUCGGGUCCAGUCUACAUCCAGGACAUGGUGAAACCCUACAUCCCAACCCGCACACUCCACUCUGCAUCUGCCAAGCUGCUUGUUCCUCCCUCACUGAGAGAAAAGCACUCGGCGAGAUCACAACUCUUUGCUGUCCUGACUCCCAGAUGGUGGAAUGAGCUCUCUGAUGACAUCAGGACUGCAGAGAGCCUCUACAUCUUCCGCCGAAAACUAAAGGCACACCUCUUUAGACUCUACCUUGACUAAAACACUAGCAAACCGUAGCACUAACAAAUCGUAGCACUUAAAUUGUACUUAUAAAGGCACUUUUCUAUAACAUCUUUUGAAACUACUUAUUUGAUGAAAAUUGUACUUUCUUGUUACUUUCUUCUGAGUUUGUAUCUCUAUGUGGAAAUGCACUUAUUGUAAGUCGCUUUGGAUAAAAGCGUCAGCUAAAUGAAUGUAAUGUAAUGUUUUGUAAUGUUUCAAUUAUAUGUUUUAGAACAUAACAUAAUUAUUCAUAUUAUGUAUGCAGUGUCAUAACUACAUCUCUGACAUCAAACCAAAAAAUUGUU